CAGGCUGCAAGGGAGAAUAUUCCCUCUGGUCAGUACUAUUGAAUUCGACUUUCAGGAAGAAGCCCGCCCUGAACUACAGCAAGAUUGCUUCUAGAACUGUUCAUUCUGCUACCAGCGCAGAGAACCACCCGGAUUUUAUGCAAUGAGUCUCCUGACAACGGCUGGUCUAGUGCUUACUCUGCUCGCUCCUUUGGCAUCUUGUUACUCCAAGUUUGCCCGUCCUCCGGAAUGGGACGCAGAGCAAGAUGCCGAUAGAGACAUGGUACUCAAUCAACACUACGACACAGGAGAUAAGAUUCCGAUUCUCUAUGAGACAAAUCUGAAAAAGACCGAACUCUGGAUUUGGCAAGUCCUGGACGACAUCGAUGCUGGGGCCCAAAUAGAAGGAACAGGAACUUAUUGGCAGGCUCAAUACGACAUCGCAGGUGCAUUAAGCAACAAUGAGGACUCAGUUUAUUAUUUCCAAUUAUAUGAACCUGACGAUAAAGCUCAACUUGCUAGAUCCCAGUAUGUCAAUGUUAGCGCGCCGAUGAGCGAGACGCCCAUAAGUGUAUCAGCACCUGCGUCUAAGAUCUCGACAUUCUCGACAGAAGUAUCUACACUUCAAACAUCGACAACCUUAGCCGGCAACACCAAUACUGUGCCAACCGAUUCGUCCUCGAGCGAUGAAACCGAUCCCUCGUCAGAAACAAAUUCACGCCCUGGCCUAUCUUCGGCAGCGACUGGAGGCGUGGCUGCUGGUGCAGCUAUCGGUGGACUUUUGAUCGUUGGAGGCAUUGGAUGGCUGACUUGGAGGUGGCUGGCGAGGAAGAAGCAAGAUAGGCCAAUUUCUGAACUUCCUGCUGAUCUUCCUCAACAGAAUCAGCCUGAUCCUCCUCAGACCAAGGCGGAGCUGACAGGAGACCCUGUCACAUAUCCUCCAAGCUAUGCAACAAGCCCGUCGGGAAUCCACGAGGUACCAUAAGCAACGGUCCAAGGCGGUAAUUUUGUAUGUGAAUUAAGUCUUGGGAGUAUGAACAAAUGCUUGGUUAAUAUUUAAUGAGUGUCACAAGAAGCCGUCAGAAAUACAAUGUGCAUGCGUGAUAGAAGGCUGCAGAAUCGUCAUAAAACAUGGUGGCUGGAAUAUUCCCAUACCGCAUUUAUACGAGCCUGAGGCAGAGGGGCAUAACGUAUCCUAGUGCAGUAUCAGGGCUUGAGGAUGAGAUGAUAAUCAUUGGAAAUAGUCUCUUCUCCCGUUUUGAAAUACAGACAACGAUAUAAUAAUGCUCGUCUUAAUCAAUCUGGCUGCCGUCCUCCGAC